GAUGUAUUUACCAGCAGGGGUAAUGAAACGGGGGAGAGGGGCAAUUUCCGCAGCUUAUUGGUGAGACCGCAAAAGACUACAGCGCACAGAGGGGACAGACACAAACUUUCAGACAGAGGAUCAAAACGUCAAUUAUCUAUUUUCAGAGGCGUCCGUAGCCUUGUACUGUGUUUGUGUCCAGUAGCUGAGCGGUACUUUGUCGCAGUUCGUUGGAAGUGAUUUACUGGGCAAUGCUGAAGAAGGACAACAUUUUGCGGAAUUCCCGUCUUUACCUGUGUUUUCCCCCUAAACUUCACUUCGGGUUGGGAGCACUGAGUUGAAUCCUGUUUGCACCGUAAAGUGAAGUAGCCAGAGGGGCUUCGACUGCCCUGCACCACUGGAACCUUCAAUAAUGUCGGGGCCAACACACCACAACCGGCCCCCUCGCUUCUGACCCAACAUGGAGCUCAAGGUCUGGGUGGAUGGAGUCCAGAGGGUCGUCUGUGGGGUUACUGAGGCAACCACGUGCCAGGAAGUGGUGAUUGCUCUGGCCCAGGCCAUCGGUCGCACUGGGAGAUACACUCUGGUAGAAAAAUGGCGGGACAGCGAGCGUCACCUAGCCCCUCAUGAGAGCCCUGUGGUUUCUUUGAACACCUGGGGCCAGUAUGCUGGUGAUGUCCAGCUGAUCCUGCAUCGCACAGGCCCCUCCUUGACUGAACGACCCCCCUCAGAAGGACCCACUCUCAGGGGACCUGAACGCGGGCUGCAUCGGCAGAGCCUCCCUCCUCUUGCGAAGCUUCGUCAUCCCAACGAUCGCUCCCUCCGCCGCCGCGAACCGCGCCGCAAGUCUCUCACGUUCACCGGCGCUCCCAGAGGCCUCAGGGAGAUACUGAGCGGGGGGCGGAUCGGGGAGGCUGAGGCUAAACGAAGACUUCUCCUGGGAAACGGUGGGACUCACCACCAUGGAGGACCAGCCAUCGGGACCUCCUCUCCUGGCCUGUGGGCCUGCCGCAUGGAAGAUCUGGUCAGAUUGGUCGGUAUACAGAGAGAGACUCUCAAUGUGCUGGAGAAGAAGCUGGAGGCUUAUGAGGCUGAGCUGCAAGCCUGGGCUGAGGGGAGAGGGGGGCGAGGCGGAGGGUGCAUCGGGGACCCAGGUGCAGGAGGAGGGCUGAUAGAGGAGAUCCUGAGGCUGGAGAAGCACCUGAGGAAGAAUGAGGUGGAGAUGGAGGAGGAGGAGUUUUGGGCCACUGAGCUGCAGAUUGAGCUAGAGAGUGAGAGGCAGCUGGAGGAAAGACUACAGGAGCUACGAGGACGCCUGCAGGGCUGUGAACUGGAGAUUGAAGAAAAGCUGGCAAUGGUACAGGGUGUGGAGGCAGGUCUGGAAGAGGAGCGGCUGCAGAGGGAGCGGCAGGAGACCCAGUGGGUCAGUGAGGCAGAGGCCCGGGCUCAGGUCCUCAGGGUUAAAGCGGAGCUGAAAGCCCAGGAGAGACAGGCCGUCCAGCUGGAGAGCAGCUGCAGAGCUGUGGACAGGUCCCUUGGACAAAGCAGCAAAAAACUGCAGGACAUGCAGCACGAGCUGGAGCAGCUGACCAAGGAGCUGAGGCAAGUUAACCUGCAGCAGUUCAUCAAGCAGACGGGAACCAAAGUCACAGUGCUGCCUGCAGAACCCGCUGAGGAUGAAAGUGGCCACAGUAGUCAUGGUAUAGAUUUAGUCCCCCUCUCUGGCUCACUGAAGCGCCCUGUGUCGUCCCACCCGAUGUCCAGUCACCUCCGGGUCCUCCACAGCCCUCUCAGUUCUGGCCUGAACCCAGAGGGGAUCUAUGUGUGAGACAGUCCUGAAUGGAAGGAACGCAUCCAGUCUCCCUUCCAGAGCCCACGUCACUCCAGAACCCAUGUAUAUGUGGAUAUCUUAGUACAGGAUACCUCAGUAGCACACUACUAUGCACUGUUGUUUCAAUUACCUGGCAGCCUUGAGUGUGAAGACUCAAAUAGUGAAGGAACAAUGUUGAUGUUGAAAUGGAAGUCAUGAGCACUUGUUGGUAAUGUAAGAUAGCUAGAAGUUAUGACAUGAAGGAAAAACACAGCAGCACAGUCUGAACAUGUCAGGACUUUCUAAACAUCAGGCUGGUGUGGACUUCAUUCAUAUCCACUUAAUGUACUUUUACUCUCACUUCAGUACCUGCUGAAUGAUUUGUAUUGUUUUCUCACAAACAUCACGAUUCAAAAUGAUUGCCUUUUGAACAGUAUUAUUGAGAAUCUUGGUAUGUGAAUCUAUGAACUCUAUAUCUUUGAAAUCAUAUCCUAUAUCUGCAGUGAAUACAUUUUAUCCGGCAUAAUGACUGGUUCUUGUAUAAGUAAUGAAGGAUCCUCUUGUGUCUCUAGUGAAACUGUCUAGAAUCGAUCAUUUUGCAUAUCAGAAUCUAUUCCUGUAGCUCUGACUGUCUGUUCAUGUUAAAACUAUGCACAAAUGGUUAAUAGUUUUGUUACUGAAGAAUGUUACUGUCUGUAUGUACCAAAAUGAUGGCUUACUGUAAAUUUUUUCUUACUUUUCAGCUUUAUUUAGUGAAUUUAGUGUUAUAUUUUAUUACAAAGCGGUGCAUUCACAGUUAUGAAAAUGCAGUGCCCUCAUUCCCGCAGUAAUAUCUGCCUAAUGAAACAGUGUUCGAUAUCAUCUUAAGCUGUUUUUUUUUUUUUUUUUUUUUUUUUUUUUUUUUUGUCGUUAUUGUUGUUAAAUGACUAAACAGAAUCUUUCUUGCCAAAUGUAUUACGCUUGUUUUUCUGUAAGGAUUGGUGGCCAAAGAAUAGCAGGUCUUGUUGCAUGAUUGUGAUGUCAAUAUAGCCAUAUGAGGAUGUGCAGAGCAUCCACAGUGCAGUAAAUCAGUGAGUUGACUCUAAAAAGGUGGCAUGUGAUAAUACGAUGAAUAGCUACAGCUACAGUGUGUAUGUGUAUGAGUGAGUUAGUGAUUAAAGAGACAUAUGUGUCUGUCUGUGUGGUGGGCUGUGCAGUCAGAAUAGCCAAGAUAUGAAGCCCCUCUUAGGUUGUAGUUCAGCUGCUAAUCACAUCAAAGUGCCUUAUAUUCAUUCCACAGUUGGUGUAUUCACGUAAUGUACAGUAGAGCUUUAGCAGAGACAUUGAAGCAAUGAUCAUAGUCAGUUUAGUUAAAAUGUUGUUAGAUGUUUUAGUGCCACAUUGCUGAGAGAGAAAUGGCAGUAGAGCAGCAACAAAGAGGAAACUAUAAUUAUCUUUUAUCCGUCAAGUGUUUUGUAGAAAUGUCAGUGGAGAGAAUGUUAUCCAGAGUGUUUUCCACUUUGCUACUGUAUUAUUGUCACCAUGAUACUAUGUGCUGUAAAAUACAUUCACAUUUAAUCUGAUUUAUUUCCAGUCAUGCAACACAUACUGUAUACUGUAGUUUGGAUCAGUGCUGUCAACCAAGAAUGAACAGUUGAUGUGAUGCUGAGGGGAAGUCCACCCUGUAACAUUCACUGUCUACAAAAACACACAAACACGUGGUCUGCACAGUGUGUCUCUGCUUUUCAGUUUAACGAGAAACCUGUUUUAAAAUGAUUAGGUUUCAACUUGUCUGUGAUUGUCUAUAGAUUAAGGUGGAUUUUCCCUUUAAAAAAAAAAAAAAAAAAAAAAAAAA